AUGCCUCUGCACGCCUUUGCCCGCGCGCUCGACGUUGGUGGCCCGCCGGCCGUACCCUCGGCCUCACGCGCGCCACAGCCGACCGCCCAACAGGCGCGAGCGUCUUCGACACCUGAGGCUACCACUUCGACGGAGACAGCGCCUUCUGGAGACCCAGCCCAAACGCCAGAAGCGGAAAGGCAGCUCGCCUUCCUGAUGGGCCUCAUCCCAGGCGCCAAACCGUCUCCGGAUAUUACGGAAUUGGUGCAGCUCUCGCGUAAGCGGCCAGCUGACGCGAGCGCGGAAACAAACAGCAAAAGGACCGCCACUAACACGUCUAGUAGCGCGCCCACGCUCCGCACCCAGCGGAAGGCGUCGCGGAAGGGAUCCAGGACCCUUCCCCAGACCGUUGACGACGAGGGUUUCAUACAGCCCUCCCGCAAGCACACAGCCAAGGCUGUGGUGCUUGCGCAACAGUCGGCGGUGCACACCGGCAACCGGUUCGCUGGCCUCUCCAAUGAUGCCAGUGAGCCCAUGGACAGCCAGCAGCAGCAGCAGCAGCAGCAGCAGAUGAAGUCGCCCCCACCACCUCCCGUGGUCAUCAAGUGGACUGGCGACUUCCGCGAGUUCAGGGAGAAAGUGAAAUCUGUCGUCAAAGGGAACGUGACGUUCAGAUCUCCUGGAGGAGAAGUCGCCCAACGCCAGCCAGGGUCGUCCGCCGGCGCGGACGGCAGAGGGAGCGCCCGGCCCGCGAGCCAGCAGCUGCACAGCCCGCUGUUCGAGCACAGGAGCCAGCAUCCUCUCCCCGCACUGACUUUACAUCCGCAGCGAGCGUCGCGGAUGAAGUCAGGGCCUUGA